AUGGGGAGAGGAAAAGUGGUGUUGAAGAGAAUAGAGAACAAAAUUAACAGGCAGGUCACUUUUGCUAAGAGGAGAAAUGGAUUGCUCAAGAAAGCUUAUGAACUCUCAGUUCUCUGUGAUGCUGAGAUUGCUCUCAUUAUCUUCUCCACUCGUGGCAAGCUCUAUGAGUUCUGUAGCACCUCUAGCAUGAUGAGAACACUUGAAAGGUACCAGAAGUGCAGUUAUGGAGCAAUGGAAGCGAGCUAUCCAGGCUAUGAGACACAGAGCAACCACCAGGAGUAUCUGAAGCUUAAAGCUAGAUUUGAGGUCUUGCAGCGAUCUCAGAGGAAUCUUCUUGGAGACGAGUUGGGUCCUCUAAAUACCAAGGAGCUUGAGCAGCUUGAACUUCAGCUGGAAACAUCCCUCAAACGAAUCAGGUUUACCAAGACUCAAUUCAUGCUUCAUCAACUUGCUGAUCUUCAAAACAAGGAAUAUUUGCUACUUGAAACCAACAAAGCCUUGAAAAGGAAGCUGGAAGAAGGCAGAGGCAGUGGCAGUGGCAGCGGGCAAGUUCCCUUAUUAGCAUGGGAAGGUCUAGCAGCUGGUUCAGAUGGAUUCUUCCAGCCCCUGCAAAUUGGAUACAAUCCUGAGGUUAAUGUUGUCCACACACAACAUGUCAAUGGAUUCAUUCCUGGGUGGAUGCUUUGA